AUGGUGACUGUGUUUUAUAAACAAAGUAGCCUUUGGUAUAGAGAGAGUGAGAGGCGAGAAAGAGGAGAAGAAAAAACUGGAGAGCGAAAAUUCAAGUUGAAAACCCCGGAGACAGACAUUGAUGAUUCGAUUGCCUUCGUUAGAGACUUAAUUGACAAAAAGAGGAAAGAGUUGCUCAAACAUGCUCUGAUUGAUGGAUUCAGUGAUUUGCCUAUAGCAUCUAGGCGUCUUCACUUAACAUGCAUCAAGGUAUUUCAGAUGUUCUACAACAAAUAUGAUUCCAACCCAGAGAUGCUUCAUCAAGACAUCCAGAAGGCAAUCUAUAUUCCUUUAUAUGUUGGGGCAUCGAAGCCAUCGAUGCCCCUUCCUUAUGACUCUGGAUCAAAGAAGGAAUUUGCAGCAAUAAAUUCUCUACUUUGUUCAUCCUUUCAAAUAUCAGAGCAAGAGAAUUAUGGGAUACAAAGCGUUUGUGCCCAUUUCAAGGCGUGA